AAAACUAAAAUGAAGAAAUUAUUUGCAUUUCGGCGGGUCUUGUAUGCUUUAUUUCAAAUUAUUGAUGGCCACGUAAUACUACUCCUGGUCAAGAGAAUAGCUGUUUCGAAUGCGUUUUUACAGAUGAAAAUAGCUCCGAUAAGGUGUGCUCCAUAUUGUUUGGGACAAUGACGCAUUUUAUUCUUGAUUUAGCUCUGCAUUGUACAACUUAAGAUUUGUGAUCAAACAAUUCACAUGUGGUUAAAGUGCACUCUCUCAGCUUUUAUUCAAAGAAAUUACGGCACUUUUUUAUAAACAGUCCCCCCAUUUCAGGGAAUCAUAAUGUUUGGGACAAAUGGCGUCACAGAUGUUUCUGAUUAGUCGGGUGCGUCCAACUGCUUCCUUAAGUGCAGAUAUAAGAGAGCGUUCAUUGUCUAGGUUUGAUUGCCUUUGGAGUCUGUUAUUAGCGUUUGUCACCAUGAGUACCAGAGUUGUGACAGUGGAAGUCAAGGAAACCAUUUUGAGUCUGAGACAAAAGAAGAAGAUAGUCACAGACAUAGGCCAAAUCACUGGGUAACCAAAAAUCAAUUGUUUGGAACAUCAUAAAGAAGAAAGAGAGCACUGGAGUAGUCAUGACACGUGUUGUGUGUGGCCUCAGAGCGAUUCCCCUCUGCUUUGUCGUGUCGCUGUGCGCCUUGGCGCUGUUCACUAUAGUUGACCUCACCCCGUACUUCCGAAGGCCAGGCGCGCGGGCGGCCGUGGUGCCCAGCGCCGCUCCCACAGAGCCGGAGCCCAGCGACAGCGCGAGCGGGGCGGGAGGGGGCGGGGGGCGCGGGAACCGGCCGACCGCGUACACGUGCUCGCAGGACAGCUCGGCGAGGGACGUCGGGGGGUUCUCCCAGCUGAAGCCCCACCUUCAGGACUUCCUGCUGUACAGGCACUGCCGCCACUUCCGCCUCCUGCAGGACGCGCCGGGGAAGUGCGGCCGGGCGCCGGAGGACUCGGCCGGCGUCUUCCUGCUGGUGGCGAUCAAGACGUCGCCGGGGAGCUUCGACCGGCGGGCGGUCCUGCGGCGGACGUGGGCGGCGGAGCAGCGGCAGAAAGGCGCCGGCGUCCGGCGGGUCUUCCUGGCGGGGACGGCGGACCGGCCCGGCGCCGAGCGGCGCCGGCGCACCGACGAGCUCCUGCGGCUGGAGAACCGUCGCCACGGCGACAUCCUGCAGUGGGACUUCCUGGAGUCCUUCUUCAACCUGACGCUGAAGCAGCUGCUGUUCCUGGACUGGGUGCGGGAGCGGUGUCCGCGCGCCCGCUACGUCUUCCUCGGCGACGACGACGUCUUCGCCAACACCGACAACAUGGUGCGGUACCUGCAGGCCCGGGACGCGCCCGGCACCCCUCCGCACCUGUACGUGGGGCAGGUGCUCCGCGAAACCAAGCCCGUCAGGUGGGCCGGCAGCAAGUACUACGUCCCCACUCAGGUGUACGCGGCCAAGACCUUCCCGCCAUACUGCACCGGCGGUGGGUUCCUCAUGUCCGGAUACACGGCCUGGGUCGUGCACAACAUGUCGUCCGCCGUGCCUGUGAUGCCCAUAGACGACGCCUACAUAGGCAUGUGCUUGGAAAAGGCGGGGCUGCCACCAACGGACCACUUCGGCUUUCUGGCUGUGGGCGAGAACGCCAAGCCCAACUUAAUCUACGCCAUGGACCCCUGCCUUUCCCGGGACCUCUUCCUGGUUCACAGUUUCCAGACUUACGAGAUCCUGGUUAUGUGGGAGAGGAUUCACAGCCCGGACCUGAAGUGUGCGAUCCCAGAUCAAUUUUAACAGCGCGGCUGGGACUUUCAACGCCAUAGCUUUGUUUGGUUUUUGCCCAGAUUGGACUACAAAGCCGGGCAUGCGUGCUCUGUCAGGAUCCAGCCAAUCACACUGGCCUACAAUAUGAGAUAACCAAAUAACUGAGUAAAUGAGCUGAGCGGUUUUAUUGCUUCUUAUUCUGCGGUGAUGGGCCUUGAUGACAUUUAAUGGGAGAUUUAACCAAAAAUACAUAUUUUUAAAAAUAGUUUUUAGGGCUGCUGGAUGGCUCGAACCUCCUAAGGCCAUGUUGAAGUGCGUGGAUGGGCCCUAUGGCCUGGUAUUGAAUCCAAACUGUGCCAAAGUUGACUGUGGCCAACAGUCCCACAGGGUGAGGCCAUGGCCAAUUACGUACUUGAACUCAUUACUGUGCGUUACCCCACCCCCCCACAACACACCCACAAACCAUCUCUGAGGAGCCUAUAAAAUGAAGAACACUGUUCAGGGUGAACUUCCUGUUAGAUAAAACGGAACUUUUCUAAAUUUAUCACAACAUUCUACCAACUGAAUAAGCCCCCUUGUUUCUGGGGUGUGUUGUGAGUCAUCUGGGUUUUGGCAUGCUUCAACUGUUUGUUUCCACAACUGGGAUGGAGAAUCUUCCAGUUCUCUCAUCUCUAGCAGUCUAUGGUUUUACUGUCACUGGAAGUAUUGCAUUAACUUAGUGUAUAUCUUUAUCUUGCCUGUGUCCAAAUACAUAUUUAUUGUGGUUGUUACAAUGUGGUACAAUUUUAAUGCAUGACAACAGAGAAGAAACUUGCUGCUUCUUUUUUUAUGAAACAAAAGAGAAGUAUGUGCAGUGUGAAUCAGAAAGCAAAAAUAACAUCAGCAAAAACAGGGUUUGAAGUUUGAAGAACAGAAGCUAAGCUUACAAUGGAGAGUUUAACAGUGGAGCACUGUGAAUCUAUUUAAGAGCUGUCUUCAUGUAUUUUAAUCUACAGUAUCUAAGGCUUUGUUUGUACUGUCCCAAUGGACACAGUUGUUAUUCCGUCACUGUGAAUGAGCCGGUCAGAACUCAUGAUAAGUCGAAUCUACCUAACCAAAAUGGAAUCUUUGGCCAUCUGUACCCUGCUAUAUCGGUUAAAAAGAUAAAUCAGAGCUGGAAAAAAUGAUACGAUGGCCAAUUUACACUGACAUUCGUUUAUUGCCUUUUACAUGGUAUUUAUGGUCUGUGCAAAGAGAGCUUUUGUCAAUGUGUAUCUAACCUGACUCUUUACUUUCGGCCCCUAAUAGAGCCAUUAAAUCGGUCAACCAGUUCAACUUCAACUUAAAUUUUAUCAGGAGAAGGAAAAAAAAUAAUUGUAUAAGAAAAGCAGAAUUAAUUAAAGAUUAUAGACUUGGUGGCUCACAAGCCAUUGUUCCAUUGAUUUUCAAUGCCUAAAUGACACACAUGAAAAUCAUUUGGUUAAUAACUAAAAUUUUUAUGGUUUUGCAUGGCCAAUGGUGUUUUCAAGAAAAUGGGAGGCAUUGGGCCUAUUUUAAAAUGUGAUUUUAUGCUGAUAUUCUGAAAGUUUUUGUAUAAUCUUAAUUUCUCUCCUGACAGAACUCCUAUUUGGAACAACAGGCACAUUGUCUCUAGGAAUUUACAUAGGCCUACAGAGAUGGGUGGAAAUGGGUGUUACUUCCACACUGGAAGUAACACACAAUGAGUUACUUCCAGUGUUAAAGGACUUCCACGGUGUGUUUAUUUCUUUGGUCCAAAAUGUAAUUUCUAAUAACCCGAUAAACUCUCUUGCUCAUCACAGCUCAUUUUACACCCUGUGAAACCCAGACAUUUGUGUGCUUUCAAGCCGAUGUUGUGUGUACUUAUUCUCAUACACAUUCUGACUAACAGUAGAAAAUGUUUCACGCCAAAUAUGUUUCUGAAAAGAAGUGUUGCAUUUGUGCAACACUGGGUCUGACAGGGUUAACUGAAAUGAGUUUAAAAUCCGAUAAGCUGAAAAACAAACAUACGUAACCACUUUAAUGACUGGUUAUACCCUGUAAAAUGCAAAAGAUACUAGGUCAGAUUUAAUAAAGUGUUGAGAAAUGGCA